AUGCCGUGCCAGGCCGCGAUCGACUUCGCGUCCAAGGCGGUGGAGGCGGACAACGACGGCGACAUCGCUCGCGCGAUCGAGCUCUACGACAAGGCAGCCGCGGCGCUCGACGACGCGGCGAACGCCGCGCCCGCGGACGAGGCCGCGUCCAUGCGCGCGAAAGCGACCGAGUACCGCGCCAGGGUCGCGAAGCUCCAGCCGAAGCUCCAGGCGGAGAAGAUGGCCGCGAUGGCGUCCGGCGCCGCGGCGCUGCAGCAGGGCGCGACGGUCGCGUCUCAAGCGCAGAAGGGCGUGAGCACCGCGGGCGGGUACUCCACGAUGGCGGGCGCGGGCGCCGUCGCCGCCGUCGCCGGGCUCGCCGUCGUGGGCCCGAUCACCGCCGUCGCCGCGGGCACGGCCGCGGUGUACGCCACGACGCGCAAAGACAACAUAGGGGACAUCGCGCGGACGACGGGGAAGUACACCGCGUCCGCGGCGAGCGCGGCGAAGGCGUUCAACGACGAGCACGACGUCACGGGCAAGCUGUACGAGUGCGGGAAGACGGCGGCGGCGAAGCUGAAGGAGGCGAACCAAAAGUACGGCAUCACCGGGAGGUUAUUCAGCGCCGCGAAGACGGGCGCGGCGAAGGCGAAGGAGAUCAACGAGAAGCACGACAUCACCGGGAAAGUCGGAAGGGGCGCGGCGACGGGGUUGACGAAGGCGACGGAGUUGAUGGGCGGGGGCGCACCAGGGGGCGACGACGGGGAGAAAUUGAAAGCCGACGCGCUCCCGAGCGCGCCGCGGUGA